AUGCCAUCCACAGAGGUUUCAAACAAAGCUCUUAAUGAUGCUGCCGCUCGAGUGCAACAAAUCGUGGCUCAAGCUGUAGAGUGGAAAAAUGGUCCCACCGGCCAUCUCACUAUGGCCAUGGACAUCGCAAAAUUUUUGUCGCCGGUGUUCGAACAACAUGGGCGAUCAGUGAGCAUGAUUCCGCCACUUUUGUUAUCGGCAGCGAUGGAAUUGCAAGGUCAUUUGGACCCUGUGACUCGCCAAUCAUUUCUAAGUGCACCUGUAUGGCGUAACAUUGUAGCGAAUGAUUCACGAAUUCGGAAACAUCCUUUGUAUCAGAAGGCUCUCACAUUCAUCAGCUCCUCAAACCCAUCUGCGAUAUCGCACUCGCCGGUGCAACUGGCCCAGCAGGUCAUUGCAGAUGCACCAGCGGAAUCCCCGGUGGGGUCCAAACCCAAACCUAGGCCACAUGAUGCGAUUGAAAUUAUUGACCAUGUCGCCGCCACUAAUGUCAUUGGGCCAGACAUUCACAAAGGGAAGGGUAAGGAGACCGCGCCACCCGAGAAUGUUGACGGCGACACGCCAGUGAAGGUUUUGAAAGCAGAAACCACCAUGGUUAGACAAAAGCCCAUGCCGAAGAGAAAGCAAACGCAGGCAACUGGCGGCCGGAAGGGGACAGAGGUCCCACCUCCAGUGGAUAGUGUGGACGGCGAUGGUAGUGCACUGUUGCAGAGGAAAAGAUCUAGAGACUCCAGUCAGAAUGAGCAGCUGACGAAGAGCAUGUCAUCAGCCACCCGCCCGCCGCUGUCCACCCACACCGGCGAUCAAUGCAAGCCCUGGUUUGAAGAACCUCUUCCUCUGCUGGCCACUGUUGCCGGGAGACUCACCAUGAGCAAGCGGCAUAAAAGUAGCCACCGGCAUACUACAUCAAAAGAAUACGAUGAAGACCCCUUGCCGGAAGCGGCCGGCGAUGUUGCCAAAGAGUCGGCUGUUGGGACGAACACCAUCAAUAUCAAUGUGGCGACCAUAGACAAUGCCACCCAGAAGAGGCUGUCUUUACCACCUGUGACCUCUGUCUCUGCAUAUUCGCCAUCAUCGCUUGAAUCAUCCCCGACAUUGAGCCACCCUGAAAAACCACCACCACGGCACGUGCAACCACCGCCAUCACACACACAGCUUAUGGAUAUUGAUGUGCCGGCCGAUACAGUGGUGAAGGACUUGCAGGCAAUGACACUAGAUGCCACAAAGGACUCGGUACUAGUCUUGAAGAGUCAUGAAGAUAUGUACAAUACCAUCCACAACCUUCACAAUCAGGUCGUCGAACUCCGCACUCGGAAUGCUGCUGCCGCCGAUUCCCUUGAGGCGUUGAAUGUCCGUGUGGCUGCUCAGGAUGCCGAGAUGCGCAGUAUGGAGACACUUCACACCGACGUCGCUGUGCUGCAAGACCAAAUUCACACUUUGCAAGCGAAAUCCCGGACACAUGAGAACCAACUCCGUGCAGCUGAUGUUAAAUUGGCAUCACAGGGAAGUACCACCGCCGUCCUGCAAGACGCCUAUGAGGCCCUUUGA